UUGUUUUUGUUUCAUUGCUUCGUAGUUGUCUGUUUAAUAUGGACUUAUUACCAACAGCUUUAAGAGACUCACGGUGUAUCUUACAUAUUGACUUGGAUUGUUUCUAUUGUCAAGUUGAACAAGUACGGUUAGGUAUCCCAUCUGAUGUACCAGCAGCAGUACAACAAUGGCAUGGUCUAAUUGCAGGUAAUAAAAAAAAACAUGCGUUCAUGAUUAUGUCAAUGCUGAUAAAUAAAGUCAAUUAUGCUGCAAGGAAAUCAGGCAUUAAGCGAAUGACCAAUGUAACAGAAGCCAAGAAAUUAUGUCCUGAUAUUCAACUAUUACAUGUCGCUACUUAUGGUCCUAAUGAUACAGAGCCCAAAUACCAUGCAAAUCCAGAUAGAAAUACACAUAAAGUAUCUUUAGAUGCUUAUCGGAACGCUUCUCGAGAGAUUUUCAAGAUCUUUCAUAAGCACUGUGACACCAUCCAGAAAAUCGGUUCCGAUGAGGGAUUUAUGGAUGUCACAAAGACAAUCAAUAGCCGUUUAAUUCAAAGGUACAUUCAGUGUAGGCCUGAUUUGAUGGAUAAGUUGGAUCAUGAUGUAUGUGGUGUGGAAGUAGAUUGGGAUCAAUUGGGCAUCACGGUUGAAUCUAAAGAAGAAGAAAGGCGUCUAGAAUUAAGUGAUGAACGACAUUGGUCAGAAACAACUUGGAAAGACCUUCAGCUUGCAUUGGGAGCAGAACUUGCCACUGAAAUUCGAAAAGAAGUGUAUGAUAAGUUGCAAUAUACUUGUUCUGCGGGUAUUGCACAUAACAAGACAUUGGCCAAAUUGUGUUCAAGUAGACAUAAGCCUAACAAACAGACUGUAUUAAGAGAUAUUGCAAGAAUGGAUUUUAUGCGCGAUAUACCCUUUCAGAAAAUUAGAAAUUUAGGAGGGAAAUUAGGCAGCGAAAUAGGGUCUGAUUUAGAAGUAUUGAAUGCGAAUGAGCUCUGGAAAUACAGUGCACAGGAUCUUCAGGCAAGAUUUGGUCCAUCUACAGGAUUACAUGUAUAUAAUAUCUGCCGAGGCAUUGAUUUUGAAGAAGUAACGCCAUCCAAGGCACCCAAAUCUUUAAUGGCAUCCAAAUCCUUUAGACCUGCUAUUGUAAAUGCAGAAGAGAUGCAGAAAUGGUUUUCAAUCUUAGCUAUUGAGUUACAUAAUAGAAUUAUGCGCCAUCAUGAAGACUAUGGUACUUGGCCCAAAAAUAUUUCAAUUAGAUAUGCUUCAGAGUACAAUAGAAACUACAAAUCAAGAACAAUGAGUGCAUUUCACAAGGACGAGUUAAAGACACAUGAAAUACUGGCCAAGAAAGCAGCUGCCUUGUUCAACUCAUUGAAAGAUGCGUAUCCUUGUAUUGGCUUUGAUUUGUGUGCUUUUGGCCUAACGCAGGACGAAUCGGCUGCAUCACAAACUAUCAAUCAUUUCUUCACUAAAUCAAACAUGACAAGCGCACAUCAUGCCAAUGGCAAAACAACUACAGAAAUCAUACCAACUAAAAAAAGCUCCACAAUUAAAAAAGGAUUGUUUUCUUUUGGUAUUGAAAAGAAACCAAAAAUGGACGAUGUAGAUACAUUUGUAUGUGACGAAUGCAAACAACGAAUCCAACUAAGUCAAGUUGAAGAACAUUCAGACUAUCAUUUUGCUUUGAAACUCUCUAAUCAAGACAAGCAACAAGAAAGAAAAAGAAAAGAUGGAAGUUCACAGAAACAAGAGGAGAAGCGUCAAAAGAGAUCUUUGUUUUUCAAGCCAAGGACAUCACCUUAGAAUAUGUUUUUCUCUUGGAAAGAUAAACAUACUAUAUUUUUUUAGUUAAAGAUUUUCUACUGCUAUUACUUUGUGAUUCAUGAAUACUACUCUCCAAAUCAAUUUCGUGCUCUUUGCAUUGAUCUGUUUGUGGAUA